AGUGACCGGAUGUAUAUAUAUGUCCUAGCUAGCUUAACAGCCUUACAUGACAGCGUACCGUCACAGUUGCAGUAAACUCAUCGGGCGCUGCUUUCUGCACUGACAAACGACCUUGCAGUUGCUGAAACUAACUGAAAAUGCUGUCUUAUAUCAUUGGUCUGAUCCGAGGCGGCUUUGAUGGCAUCAUCAACCUGAUCUUCAGACUUUUCUUCUCAAAGAGGAGAGCAGCCAUCACCUUAGAGGACCCCAGCAUUAAGUAUGCACUACGGCUGUUGGACAAACAGAUUGUCAGUCAUGACACAAGGAAGUUCCGCUUUGCUCUGCCUUCUCCUGAACACGUUCUGGGUCUCCCUGUCGGACAGCAUAUCUAUUUGUCUGCAAGAAUAGACGGUAAUCUGGUCGUGCGUCCGUAUACACCGGUGUCCAGUGAUGAUGACAAAGGCUAUGUGGACUUGGUGGUGAAGAUUUACUUUAAAAACGUUAAUCCCAAAUUUCCUGAGGGUGGGAAGAUGAGUCAGUACUUGGAGAGCCUCAAGCUCAACGACACUAUUGACUUCAGAGGACCCAGUGGUCUUCUCGUUUACAAGGGCAAAGGUGUGUUUGCCAUUCAGCCAGAAAAGAAGUCCCCAGCUGUGACCAAGACGGCCAAACAUGUAGGAAUGAUUGCUGGAGGGACCGGGAUCACUCCCAUGUUGCAGCUCAUCACAGCUGUGAUGAAAGACCCACAGGAUCAGACAGUGUGUCACCUGCUGUUUGCCAACCAGACUGAGAAAGACAUCCUGUUGAGACCAGAGUUGGAGGAGAUUCAAGUCAACAAUCCAGACCGGUUCAAGCUGUGGUUCACCUUGGACAAAGCACCUGAAGACUGGGAGUACAGCCAGGGCUUUAUCAGUGAAGACAUGGUGAGGGACCACCUGCCGCCUCCCAGUGACGACACUCUCAUCCUGAUGUGUGGACCCCCGCCUAUGAUUCAGUUUGCCUGCAACCCCAACCUGGACAAAGUCGGCCACUCCAGCAGCCGCAGGUUCAACUUCUAAAUAUCCGUCUGCACCGAGGAGUCGAGGUUUGGGCGUAUAAGGGUGUCCAGCCAUUUUAUCUACCCUGAAAACAUUAAAGCACUUGUACUGUUGCAGUGGCUAUUGCACUAUGUUUACUAUGUUUAUGCCGUGAUAUUCAUCAUGCAACAGAAUCACAGCGCGGACCAAUUCUGGUAUUGAGUAAGUGUCAUGGAAGGGAACCUUGUUUGGGAUUGAAGAUGAGUAUGUAGAGGAGAAUGAAAGCUUAAGUGUUUAGACUGCUGGCUUGGAGAUAUGGAUGUGAUUCCAAAACUGUCAAACAAAUCCUACUAUAGCCUCAUUUUGGCUUUAAAAUCAGAGGAGUUGAGGGAUUACUGGCUGUUUUCUGAGUGCCUUACCACUUGCAACGCGCUUUUUAUGCACACCUGCUUAAUUUAUACAGAAUUGCAUCAAUAAUUCCAUUCUUGCUGUUGAACGUGUUUACUAAGGUGUACCUGCUCUUCAUCUAUUGUGAUGUUGAAGGUGUCAAUAUUUUGCUAAAACAUGUUCAGUGUUUUGAGCGUGGUUACUGAGAAGAUGUAUUUGCAAGUCUGGCAACAGCUGCUGCUUGUGUCUGGAUAUGCAACAUAAAGCUCUUGCUAUUGAA